AUCCUGGGCGGGGUUUUCUUGUUGCAGGUGUAGGACAGUUCAGGAGAUUUCUUUGUGAAGAGUGUGACCCCAGGGGAGGGAGCCAACUGAGCUGCCCACCGAGCCACCUCCCAGAUUUCCUGCAGCCAGAACCAGCCAUGCUCAGCUUUCAGAUGCCAUUCUCCUUCCCCAUGGUCCACUUCAUCCUCUUUGUCUUCACCGUCUCCACCAUCUUUCACCUUCAGCAGCGGAUAGCAACGCUCCAGUCCACACGGGAGUUACACAGGCCGGCCUCAGCAACCACCAGGAGCCCCACUAGCCACCCCCCCACAAAAAGCUCCACUAGUCCCCCAGCCAGGGGUAUGUGGACGAUCAAUGCCAUAGGGCGCCUGGGGAACCAGAUGGGCGAAUAUGCCACGCUGUACGCCCUGGCCAAGAUGAACGGGCGGCCCGCCUUCAUCCCCUCCCAGAUGCACCGCACGCUGGCGCCCAUCUUCAGGAUCAGCCUGCCGGUCCUGCACGACUCCACGGCCAGCAGCAUCCCCUGGCGGAACUACCACCUGAAUGACUGGAUGGAGGAGCAGUACCGCCACAUCCAGGGCGACUACGUGCGCCUCACCGGCUACCCCUGCUCCUGGACCUUCUACCACCACCUCCACGACGAGAUCCUCCGCGAGUUCACCCUGCACGACCACGUGCGGGAGGAGGCGCAGCGGUUCCUGCGCGGCCUGCGGGUGAACGGCAGCCGGCCCAGCACCUUCGUGGGGGUCCACGUGCGCCGUGGGGACUACGUGCAUGUCAUGCCCAAUGUGUGGAAGGGCGUGGUGGCGGAUCGGCAUUACCUAGAGCAGGCCCUGGACUGGUUCCGGACUCGCUACAGCUCCCCCAUCUUUGUGGUGUCCAGCAACGGCAUGGCCUGGUGUCAGCAGAACAUCGAUGCCUCUCGGGGGGAUGUGGUGUUUGCUGGCAAUGGCAAUGAGGGCUCGCCUGCCAAGGACUUUGCGUUGCUCACGCAGUGUAACCACACCAUCAUGACCAUUGGGACGUUUGGGAUCUGGGCCGCCUACCUGGCAGGUGGAGAGACCAUCUAUCUGGCCAAUUAUACCCUGCCAGACUCUCCCUUCCUCAAACUCUUUAAGCCAGAGGCAGCCUUCCUGCCGGAGUGGACUGGGAUCGCAGCAGACCUGUCCCCACUGCUCAAGCACUGACCGGAACCAUCCUCAGCAACCCCUCCUUUUCUGGCUCCACCAAAACACAAGGAAUACCUUGUCACAUCACCAGAACCCUUCCCUCUUGCAAGCAGAAGGCUUCGGGCUGCAAGUCACACAAGCCCCUCUAAUUUAUCUAAAUAACAUUGACGUGUUUUGCACAAUACGACCAGAAGGGCGCAUCUCCAAAGCUAGUUAAUUUAGCAACUCAACAGUAUUGAGUGACCCCAGUCUCCCCCAUCUUGAUCGCCGUCUUCUCUUAUGGUCUCCAGAGGGCUCCCUCCUGGUCCCCAGAGGGCUGGCAGAGCCCCGGGUGGCACAUGUGGACACUCUCUUUCCAAGGC